ACGAGGAGUGAUCGGAUCAUCAAGAUAAACCCACCGAGAAAACAAAAGUCAUGGCUCUCAGAGGUGCUGUUACACGUCUCCUCUCCAACAGCCAGAAAUGUGCUGCAGUCACUGUUUCCAGAGCUCAGGGCACAGCUGCAGCGCUGAAAGAUGCAGAAGAAGUCAAAAAGCCAGCAAAGACACCCAAGGUGGCAUUCAACUGGCGGGACGCUCUGGAUCUGGAGGGUCAGCUGACAGAGGAGGAGAUCAUGAUCCGGGACUCCUUCCGCGACUACUGCCAGGAAAAGCUCAUGCCCCGCAUCCUCAUGGCCAACAGACAUGAACAUUUCCAUCGUGAGAUUGUGUCAGAGAUGGGAGAGUUGGGCGUCUUAGGCCCAACUAUUAAAGGUUAUGGCUGUGCAGGUACGAGCUAUGUGGCAUACGGUCUGAUUGCCAGAGAGGUUGAGAGAGUUGACAGUGGAUAUCGGUCCGUCAUGAGCGUCCAGUCCUCACUGGUCAUGCACCCGAUCAAUGCUUACGGCACAGAGGCCCAGAAGGAAAAGUACCUGCCCCGGCUCGCUCGUGGAGAAAUCCUGGGCUGCUUUGGCCUGACAGAGCCAAACCACGGCAGUGACCCCAGCAGUAUGGAGACAAAGGCCAAGUACAACCCAUCCAGUGGUACCUUCUCCAUCAGCGGAGCUAAGACCUGGAUCACAAAUUCCCCCGUGGCAGACAUCGCGGUCGUCUGGGCCAAGUGUGAGGAUGGCAAAGUGCGAGGCUUCAUCUUGGAGCGUGGAAUGAAGGGUUUCGCCACCCCGAAGAUUGAGGGCAAGUUCUCCCUCAGAGCGUCCGCCACUGGCAUGAUCCUGAUGGACGAAGUAGAAGUUCCAGAGGAGAACCUGCUGCCCAACAUCUCCGGUCUUGGUGGUCCCUUUGGCUGUCUGAACAAUGCCCGGUACGGCAUUGCCUGGGGAGCUCUGGGAGCUGCUGAAUUCUGCUUCCACGCUGCUCGACAGUACACUCUGGACAGAAUCCAGUUUGGUGUGCCUCUGGCCAGGAACCAGCUGAUGCAGAAGAAGAUGGCUGACAUGCUGACAGAGAUCACCAUCGGGCUGCAUUCAUGUCUGACGCUGGGAAGACUUAUAGAUGACAAGAAAGCGGCGCCAGAGAUGAUCUCCAUGCUGAAGAGGAAUAGUUGUGGGAAGGCCCUGGACAUUGCCAGACAAGCCAGAGACAUGCUGGGAGGGAAUGGCAUCGCAGACGAGUACCACAUCAUCCGUCAUGUCAUGAACCUGGAGGCCGUCAACACAUAUGAGGGAACUCAUGACAUUCAUGCCCUGAUCCUGGGCAGAGCCAUCACUGGACUGCAGUCUUUCACUGUUGAAAAGUAAAUGGCCUCCAUCAUCAUCUUGAAAUAGAUGUGAUGUGGAUGUAUGCUACCUGUUUAUGCAAAAUGUAUGCAUAGAAACAUGAGGUCAGUAAAUGGUUUGCACACUUUUAGGCUCCAAAUAAGUAAUUAAAUUCUCUCUUAAAACACUCUUUUCAAAGGCCUUUCAAGUACAUCUGUUUUCUAUCUUGCACCCUUACAUUUUUAUUGAAUGUGUGCACAUUUUGGACAUCUACUGGAAACAGGUGGUGCCUCAUUUACCUCACAUUAGGAGUAGUGUCUGGUGGAGUAUACUAAAGAUACCUCAUCACAUUUGUGUUUUCAGGUUACUGAGGGAAUCUCUCAAAGUCUGUUAGCUUUGGUGCAUAUUUAAAGUCAACCUGACAAUCCAUUGGGUCCAACUGAGAUAUGAUGUUUGUACAGCUGAAAUGCGUGAACUGUACUUGUUUGGUGUGGUACGUGUAAAGGUUGUGGCAUAUUUUAUGAUACGUUAAUAUGUAAAUAAAUAGCUUUGAAUGAGUGGAAAGACGUGAAUGCUGAAAUACUGUGUGUCGAGACCCCUUCAUGCCCUGUACCCAAAAUAAGUCCUAUAAGAUUAAUACCAUGUUUUUUUGGUCAAAAUCAGUUUGACGAAUCCUGUUGUUGUUGAUGCAUCUGAGAUAAACAUGAAUAUAUAAAUAUAACACUAUAGAGACCAUGAUGAUGCAAAAAAAAGAAAAGUUAACACCAGAGUCAAAUAAUUCAUUUCCUACAGUUCAUGUUUGUUGUAAUUUUAUUUAUUGAAUAAACAGAUGCUGAAACUGAACAUCAAUAAAACUUGGAUUUCA